AUGUCGCCCCUGUCCAUAGCCAGCGGCGUCCUCUUUGUCCGCGUUUCUAAGAUUUUAUCCAACUACUUCGUCGCAUUCGCUUCUUCUCCCCGACGAGAACACUCGGUCCCCUUCCGUCCCACACACGCUCUCCCCUCCAUCGCUCACGCUUCCUCGCUCGAACGAGCACGCUCUUUCCCCUCCCGUCUCCUUCGCGCAAUCCCCAUUGCCUCGCACGCUCGCUUCCCUCCGUCGCGGAUAACAAAUUCCUUCUCGUCUCCCACGCGCACUCCCCAAGACCGAGCACGCACGCUCCCUUCCGUCGCCCACGCGCACUCCGUUCCCGCCGCCCACUCGCACUCCCUUCCGUUGCCCACGCUCAAGACCUUCCCGUCGCCCACGCUCACUCCCUUCCCAUCGCCUUCGCGCAAUCUUUCCGUCGCCCUCUCUCAAUCACUUCCGUCGCCCGCACUCACUCCCUUCCCGUCACCCACGCUCACUCCCUCCCGCCGCGACGGUCCCCUCCGUCGCACAUGCUCACUCCCCUCCCUCGCCCAUUCCCUCUCCCUCUCGUCGCCCACGCUCACUCCUCCCAGUCGCGCACGCUUUCUCCCCAUCCGUCGCCCACACUCACUCCUCCCCGUCGCGCACACUCUCUCCCCAUCCGUCGCCCACGCUCACUCCUCCCCGUCGCGCACGCUCUCUCCCCAUUCGUCGCCCACGCUCACUGCCCGUACGUCGCACACUCUCACUCCCUUCCGUCGCCCACGCUUACCCCCCUCCCGUCGCCUUCGCUCACUCUCUCCCGUCCCCUUUCUCCCUUCUCAUCUCCACCCUUUCUCCCCUCAGGCUAGAGUUAGAGUCAGCGCAUGCAGCGUACGACAAGGCAGCGGUUUAUUUCCUGCUGCAGCGCCAUCCCUCACCUCCCCAUCCCUCACCUCCCCAGCCCUCACCUCCCCAUCCCUCACCUCCCCAUCCCUCACCUCCCCAUCCCUCACCUCCCCAGCCCUCACCUCCCCAUCCCUCACCUCCCCAUCCUUGCUGCUGUUGCUGGAUGGGGUGGACGCGAGCCCCCUCUCCCCUGUUUCCCCCAUUCCCGCCCCUUCACUCUCUUCUGCAGGGACAACUGGAAGCACGUGCUACAGCUGCUGCUGUGCUCGUGCUACAGAUGCGGUGCUCUGCGCUGCUCUGGGGCUCCCCACCUUCCUCCCCAGCCUCUCUUCCUCCCCUCCCAUUUGCUUCUCCCCCAAACGUCCUCCUUACCUCCCUUCCUCCCAUCAUCACUUCCUCCCUUCCUUCAUUCCUGCAUUCCUCACUUCCUCCCUUCGAUCCUCCCUUCCUCAUUCGCCAAUUGUCAUUCUUUUGCAUGCUUGCUUCCCUUAUACUUCAUCCACGUCACAUCUGACUUCUUGGUUUGUGUUUGGAUAG